AUGAGUUCUCAGAUAAAUACUUAAGCUUUAGUACCUUAGAUUCUUUGUCAAAAAGAAAGUUGCAAGGAUAAAAGAGAGAAUAUUAAGACAAUUUUCUCUUGUAAUUUGUAAAAAAAUCUUAAUAAUGAUUCUAUUACUAAUUGCAAAGGUUGUAUUGGAAAAAAAUGUGAUCCAUCUGUUAACCCUUGUUAAAUAAAUUUAGAUGACUUGUGUUUGCAAUUGAGAAAACAAAAAAUACAUGAGAAAGAAAUAUUGUAGAUUUUUGAGGUAUUAAAGAAGAAAUUAGAGCAAACUAUUUAAAAUGCUCAUAAUGAGAUAGAAAAGUUAAAAAGCAAAAUACUGGAGAUUGAUUAAGCUAUUGUAGAGAUGUGUUUGUUUAAAAAUAAUUCUAAGUUAGAGGAAUUUAUAAAUAGAGGAAAAUAGGCUCCUUUGGAUCUAUUAAUAGAUAUGGUAAAAGAGUUAAGGGAAAAAAUUUUCAUUGUUGAAAAGGUUGAUUAAAAUAUUCAACAGUAGAUACAAUAUAAUUAAGAUAAACUUAAUGUUAUUUAUGAAGAUGGAACUAUUAGAAUUAAUGAUGUUCUAAAAAAUAAACUACAAUAAAUGUCAUAGAUGAUUAGUUGUUUUAAAAAAUAAGUUUCAUAAAUAAAUAACAAUAAUUAUAAUUUUAGUCUAGAAAAAAACUAAAAUAUUACAUCAAAUUACUAAAAGAUUGAAGGGCCAGAUAAUUUAUCUGUUAAAACGAUUUACAAUUUGAGAUUUAAUCGAUCAAAUAAUUUGUUUGCAAUUGGAACUAGCAAUUUAAAUUCUGAAAAGGUUAGUUGUGUGGAAAUUUGGAAAAUUGAUAAUAAUAAAAUUGAGUUAGUUUAAAGUUUGCAGCAAUAUCCAGAUGUUACAGCAUUAUGUUUUGGCAAAAAGGAUGAUUCCCUAAUUACAGGAAGUUUGGAUUCCAAAAUUAUUCUUUGGUCCCCUUAGCCUAAACAGAAAGAUCCAUAUCAAGAAUCCAACUCAUAGCCAAAGAUAACCCCUAAGGGAUAUAUUAAUUGUAUUGAAAUAAACUAAAAUUCAAGAAUCUUAGCAAUUGGAAGUGAAGAAUUAAUUAUUUUUGAGUAAAAUAAUAGUAAUUGGGUAAAAAUUGCUUAAUUGGAAGAAUAAGUUAAGAACAUAGCCUUUUCAAAUUGUAAUAAAAUAAUUGUAGUUUAAUGUAUCAAAAACAGAGAAGAGAGAAUUGAACUAUAUUAUAUUUAAGAGUCGCAAAAUUAAACAAUUUAGAUAAUUGCUUUCAGAGAUUUAAAUUAGGCACAAUAAAAUUAAACUAUCUCAAGUACAAGAUUCAUGUUUUUAAAUAUACUAAAUAAAGUCAAGAUAUAUAAAUUAAACAACAAUACAGCAUAGAGAGAAGAUAUUGAUUCAAUCGAAAAGUUGAACUUCACUUAAAAAAGUGGCAUUGGAUUUUGUUCAAACAGCAGUUCUACCAGUCUUUUAGCCUUUUCAUAAAGUGUUAAUGAUAAUGGAGUUACUUAGAUACUCAAAAUCAAUGAAAAAAAUGAAGUAACCUUUCUUUAAUCAAUUUAAUAAAAAGGAUAAAAAUUAUUUUUCUCAAAUGGUGGCUAGAUACUUGUUAUUUGGGAUGGGAAUAAUUUAGUUGUCUUCAAGGAUAAAUCUAAUCCAAGAUCACAAUGA